CACAUAAAAAAAUCGAAUAGUUUGAAAGAUAUUUGAUUAAGAGAGUUUGGAUCUGAAGAUUUUGGUUGAAUGGACCUCGAGGAUAGUAAUAAUUCAAAUAUGAAAAAUAUAUAUGAAUGAUCAAACUUUUUUCUCUACUAAAAUACUAUUGAGAAUUUACAAAUAGCUCAAUAGUUAUGAAAAGUAUUUGGUAAGUGAUGUAUUUAUAACGUAACUAACUAUAUUUGUUUUUUUUUUAAAUUUGUGUGAAACCUAUGAAAUUUGUAUCUAAAAGUAAAAGGAGAAAUGUUUUUAGCCCAUAAAUAAAAAAACAGAAAAAUGAAAAUACCCAUCUAAAGACAAACUUUGCGCAUUCCUGAAAGCAUCAACAUUAGCAUAAACGAUCAUACAACCUAACAGAGUAAAGUCCAUAAACUACUCUAAACAAGGCUACUUGAAAAAACGAAACCCACAAGACAAAACCAACACUAAAAAAGGAUUCUGACUUCCAUUGAGCAAAGCUUCAAUUAUGACCAUCAAUUUUUAUACUCGGAUAUUUCAUAUUUGUACGUCCAACUUUAACUAUCUACAUGCAAAAGAUUUGUUUUUUUUUUUAGAAAUCCAAAAGAUUUAUUACUUUCUCACAAAAGGAUAACUGAUCUUGUAAGUGGGUCAAUGAAUUCGGAUUUAGAGUCUUUAUUGUCAGCAAUCUGAAGCUUUCUAAUAUUGUCAUUUGGCUCUUUCUCAUAGAGCUUCAUCUCCCUUAUGUUUUUCUUUUAUGGGCUUUUAGUUUCUGGAAAUAUUAUCGGUUUCCAUUAGUUUUAUACUCCAUUAUGAAUCAUUUAACUUUUUAGCAUAUUUAUCAAUUCAGUGAAUAAAUUAUACCAAAAAAAAAAUUCAGCGAAGAAAAGAGAAAUGAGUUUAACGUAACUUGAUCUUGCAUGUUUGCUUAAUGUCGUAGUUAUACAAAACUAUAUUGUAUAAAUAGAUGUGUCAUGUCAUCGAUAAUGUAAUAAUAAUGACGCUGAACAAAAUGAACAUGGCAUGCUGUGGCAUGUCGUCCAAAAACAAACAAAGUUUCUGCCCUUCACUAAAUCUGUAGCGAAAGGAAAAUAUAAUAUGACAGAAAGAAACAACCAUAACUAUUGUUGCAAGGGAUUUUAUCCUUAAUACAAAUAUAAUUUCGAGGUAAAAGUUUCAACCAGUUUUUCUUCCUCCACUAAUUGUUAUUAUUCCAACCACAAUAAACGUGUUUAAUCGUCGUUCAACCUUAAUAACUUGUUUAUAAUCGUAGUUGAAACCAAGAUUAUCCAAAAAUUUGUCAGCACGGUCGAUCGCAACUGGUAAGUAAUUUAGUCAGACAUCAACACCAACAAUUCUUUUAAUAUUAUGAGUACGAAUCUUUUGAUUAACCUUUUAUUAUGCAUGAAUCAAUCAAUUCUUACCAACUCUAUGAAAACAAAAGAAACAAUAUAAUACAUCUAAGUUAUAUCGCGCAGCCUAAAGGUUUUUUAUUUCACCUCAGCUGCCAUCGAUGAACCCACACGAUCGUACCGUUGACUGGUGGUUUAUAUAUCUAAUCUAACGGUCUACAAUCAUUAAAAUACACACGGGUGUAUAUACAACAUUCCGCAGCUGAUUAUUUUUAUUUCAAUUUAAAAACACAAAAGGAUGUUGCCUUGGAAAGUGUCUCUCAUUGACCUAAGACUCUUUCUUCCUAUAUAUAUACAUUUCCACACUCUCCUCUACUGUCAAAUCGAAUCCUUCCUUCUUUCAAUUAACCAUCUUCCUCCGAUCCUCUGUUCUCUAAUGGCCACGCCAAGCGAAACAUCAGCUCUUUUCUUCAUCAAGAAGUAUCUCCUCGACGAAUUAUCCCCGUUGCCUAAUGCCACCACUACCAAUCCAUGGGAAACCAGCUCCGAUUUUUCAUUCUUCGGUUCAUUUGACCAAACCGGUUUCGAUUUUCCUGAAUUCGAGACUAAACCGGAAAUAACCGAUACUCCACUUGCACCAAACGAUUCCUUCACGUUCCAAUCGAAUCCUCCGGUCGUCUCGCAAUCGAAUCGAAAACCGCCGCUGAAGAUCGCGCCGCCGAACAGAUCCGAGUGGAUCCAAUUCGCAGCCGGAAAGCCUCAGCGAGAACAGGUUCCCUUACCACAGGUGGCCGCGGAAGAGAAGAGGCACUACAGAGGAGUGAGGAUGAGGCCGUGGGGGAAAUUCGCGGCGGAGAUCAGAGAUCCGACCCGCCGCGGAACCAGGGUGUGGCUCGGGACGUUCGACACGGCGAUCGAAGCGGCGAGGGCUUACGACCAAGCGGCGUUUAGGCUCCGAGGAGCUAAGGCCAUCGUGAAUUUCCCGCUCGAGGUUGGGAUGUGGGAGCCACGCGCUGAGAAUGGUCAGAACAAACGGAAGCGAGACGGAGCUGAGGAGGAAGAAACGAGGGUUGUUGCGAAAGUUGUGAAGACGGAGGAGAGUCACGGCGUUGAGCAAGUGACGUCGAGUUUGACGGGGGUAGAUGACUGGGACUUGACGGAGUUUCUAAGCAUGCCGCUUUUCUCGCCGUUGUCACCACAUCCACCGUUUGGUUAUCCACAAUUGACUGUUGUCUAAAUGUCUGUUGGGUUCAGCUUGCUGUAUGCUGACGUGGAAUUACUACGGCGUACACGUGUUUUUUAUGAUCUCUUGAUUCUUUUUGUUGCACACACAUUCGGGAAAAUUUUAUUCAUUUAUUUGUUCUUUGUAUAAUACGACUUUCAAGUUUCAACAUGCAGUCAAUAAAAUCAUAUCGAAAUAACAUUUUGACUUUAGACUAUUAAUUCCCAACGUGACUGAAUUCAUUUUGAAAGAUGUAAAAUCUGUGAUUUCAAGUUACAAGCCUUGAGAUACAACAUCAUGAUGUUCUUUGUCUACUUCUUCUCAUCUUUGAAUUUCCCAUACUCUGCAAAAAUAUAAAACAAAAUGACAACGUAUAAUCACAGAUUUUACAUACCACUCAAAAGCCAACGUAUAAACAAAAUGGAACAUAUCAUUUUACAUACCAUUCUAUAUAGAUCUCUCUAUAUUUAUUGUGAUGCAUCUUAUGGAAAAUCUUAGUUUAUGUGAUUUGAGUUUUCUAGUUAGGUUGGUAUAAUCAAGAAAGAGCGAUUAAAACUUUUUUUUUCAUCUAUUGAUUAACAUUAACGCAAAUGGAAGUUUCAAGAUUACAUACACUAGAUAUCUAACUAAUACUAAAAGGGUUAUAUGAGGAGUAGGGAGGCUGUCCACGUCCCCAAAUAAAAUCGACCAAUAGGAGUUCAGAUUUCCGCCACGUCAGCCGCUUCUCCUAUGUCGUUUGGGCCUCGCGUUUCACCAGCCCGAUAGUGUUCAGAAUCGAGAAGCCCGUAUCGCGCUUCAUCUGCUUGAAACUCCACCGGCUCUGACGUAAUUGAGGUGUUAUAUUUUGUAUUCAUUGAAACCAUUAUUAAGAUUCGCCUUUAACUCUCUUCCAUGGAGUCGAUUUAAGUUACCCUUUCUUAAUUUCUUUAAUCUGUUCAAUUAUAAAAGGGUUGCAUAAAACUCAGAAUCUCACUCUUCACCAGAUUCAACCCUUCUGAUUCAUUACACAUACGGUAGUAAGGCAAUCUUCUGCGUUUCUUGGAAGUAUGAAAUUUUUUUAACUUUUUACGAUUCCUGUCUGCCUGCCGAAGCAGGUUUGCCUUUUUUUAAAUCGAAGUUGUUAUGUAGUUAUUUAGUUCUCUGAGGCUCAAUUAAACUUUUGUUUUGUUUUCUCCCGUUGAACCUCCAUCUUUCUCAGGAGACGAAGAGUACAAUAACAAUAUGUGGGGCCAUACACGGAUGCCUACCCUUCUAUGGUCUACUCAAACCAGGAUGACCUCAGCAGAUUCCAUGUUGCAUAGCAGAGAGGAUAUGGUGUAGCCUCAGAAUAUUUCCGGGAGAAAGAAAAGUAUUUACGAUCCAACUCAUGGGGUUUGCCUUUCGAGAGCCAAUGUAGCAAAAGUUUAUAGUGUUUUUUUUUUUAAGCAUCCGGGAUAUAUCUGAUCCAUAUUCAACUAUAUCUCAGGGUUUAGCUAAAGUUUUGCAUCAAAAGGGGCUUUCUUAUGUUUCUUGAGAAGCAUCAUGAGCUCCAGUUUUGAAGUGAUGUUUUUUGUCUAAUCUUUGACAAAGUCUUGUGCUUAUUUUUUUGUUUGUUUUUGCAGUCUUAUGAAGAAUACGUUGAAAUCCACAGCAGGUGCAUGAGACAACUUGGUCUUUCUGUCAGUAUGUUUUAAUCAUCACCGUUAAACUUCCAAUCUAAUCUAUGGCUUAACCUGAUGAUGGUACUUUUGAGUCAACUUACUUUUCUUACAACGUUUGUAGGCUUUGUCAUGUUUAAUUUUUUUUUUUUUUGGGUUUUAUCAUGUUCUAUGUGAUGUGAUGCUUAUAACUUCAUAAGGAUCAUCAUUGGCUUCUUCUUACCCGAGACACCUUCUUUCUUUCUGUGCAGGUGAUUCCACAAUCACGUGCCUUCAAGUAAAACAGAUGAUGGGUAAGCUUAUGAUGAUGGUUAUACACGUAGGUGAUAUACAUAGCCUAAUACUUUAUUGUUUUAGAUUUAAACUUCCUUCAUGGUCAAAGAAAUGAAAUCAAUAUAUAACCACCUUAUAUACGCAUCAACGGCUAAAACGUGCAGUGUUUUUAAUGAGAUAUUGAAAACUCUUAAAAACCUAUGGUCAUGCUUCCACGAGGUUAAUAUGCAAAGGGUUGCUCCAAAGAGUUACCAGCAAGCUGCUGGAGUAGUCUUCGUUUCACAAAAGUUUUAGUUAACUUUUGCAUCGAUCAGGACCUGGGAAUCACCUUGGACAGCAAACUCAUGGCUUCUGGGCCAAGUCAGGGCUCUGUAGUAAUACACUCAACAAUUGUUUCAACCAGUUAAAUAUUUAAGAGGACAUGUUUUACAAGUUUGGAUAUUGCAUCAUCACAACUGCUCCUUGAUUUAACUCUCUAUCUCAGUGUGUUUGACGAAGAAGCCAACCGCCUUCACCCAAAGUUUCAAACGUUUGGGUUCGAAGGAAAAAUGGUUUUUUGUUAAUAAUAUUUUGAGGGUGUGUUGUGUUGUCUAAAUCUGGGAAUCAUCUGAUACUAAUUGACAAAUGGUUCUUCUAUAGGGAAGUAGGAGAUGAGAAAUCCAUCUUGGAGCUUGAGUUCUUGAUCUGAUUCUUUCUGAUUGCUCAUGUUAAAUAAUUGCUCCGACAACUUCAUAGUUGGACGGUUCCUCCAACAUCAUCGCUGGAGUUUCCACCGGUUCCAUAAUUGGUGUCUACAGCCCCUACGAGUCCAAUGAUAUUUCCACUCUUUGGUCAGAAGAAAAAAUACAUAUAAUAAACGCGUGACAACCUGGGCACAACUUGCUAGCAGCCGGCUACUGUAUAUACUCGAGCUCAGUUAUCUUUGUUCUUAUUCUAGGGAAAGACGUCUGCAAUGUACGGCGAGUUUGUCCUCACGCAAGAGAACAUCUAGAUCCCCAAAAUCAGGAAAAUAAACUCUUUCAGCAAAGGAAAGAUGUGGUACGAUAGUCUGGAGGAAGUACAUUGAUGAUCUCAAGGACCCUGGUCCAAGUGGGAAAUCUUACUCGCCAAGGUACAUUGGAAGUUUGGUCGUAAAUUUUCACAGGUCGUUGUUGUACAGUGGGAUUUACGGGUGCUGCCAAGAGCAGAAACAUAAUGCAUAAGCCCUUAGACUUCUAUUGUAAGCCAUUUUCUGACUACAUGGUACCUCUCAAAUUCCUAAUAGAUGCAUGACUUAUGCAAAUUCUAUUUUGUUAUCUAUGUCAAUAAAGAUAAAUCCGAUAUUUUACUA